AUGACCAUGAGCGCCGACAUGGACAUCAGAUGCUUGCAAGUCAUUCCCGUCGCUGGGGAUGGCAACUGCUUGUUUCACGCGCUGGCGUGGAACGAAGAAGGCAGCAGCAGCGACUCGCUGAAGGUCGAAAUCAUCGACUACAUGUACGGUUUGGCAAUAGAAGCGACCGACAGCACCGUGCAAGCAGAGUGGCUCAAAGAGGCGGAGCACUUGCAAGGUGAUCAAAGACAACAUUGGGGAGGGCACAUGGCCAUCUUGGCCUAUACUGCAAUGCGAGAGAAGCGCGUCAUCCUGCACACAAAACAGAACGACGGCCCCAUCUUGGUUCAAGAGCAAUGCCACGAGUCAGUCGCAGAAAUCGACGCGAUGCCAGAGGUGCAUCUUCUCUACAAUGGAGUAGAUCACUACGACGCUUUGGCUCCUGUGUCUGACAUUGCGGGUAUGGCCCCUGCGUGGCCGCAAGCGCCGCCCCCUCGAUAUAUGACAUUGACGGCCUUCCCGCCGUUGGCUGCAGCAGUGCACGAGCCUGUGACAAGAAAAGCUGCGAAGCCCGGAGCGCCCAGGCCGAAAGCGAAGCAAAAUAAGCGCAGUGGCAAGGCAAAGCAAACAUCACAAAGGCCCAGCGCGCCUGUUGCAGAGCCCGCUGCGGGAUCCGUGCCAACGGCAAUGCCAGAUGAGCCAGAGCCCGAGGACUUGCUCCAAAGGUUGGCCGAAGGGGACUUGGCCACGCGACGCCUGCGUGACCACCCGACUAUUCCGCCCAACGUUGAGCCAGCGGCCAAGGACGCGGGUGAGCUGUGGCCACAAGUAUUCUGCGCCUUUCAGGGGUGUGAAUGGGCCCAACAAGUAGGAACAGAAGAGGCCUUGCACCACCACUUGAGCGAUGCCCACGCAGAAGACUUGGCACCAAUAUCCUUGCAUAUGUUGCGGCGCGAUGCGGACGAUGCCUUCUUCAGCGUCUACAGCGCUGCAAUCGCCGAAAAGUGCCGAGCACAAGCGCCCAUAGCAGGCGCUUCCUUUGACAGGACAGCCUUGCAGUCGCUCGCCGAUGCCGUGGCCGGAGAGAAGGUGGAGUCUCUGAUAUGCACUUCAUGCGGUGGCAUCUUCCCGUACGUGCAGGAGGUCGAAGAAAAUGGCGAUAUCCGAUGGUGCAAACCCCUGCGUCGCAAGGAUCCUGCAGGAGACUUCACUUUUCUGGGCCACGCCUUUGCCAAGAUUGAACAGCAUCUUGGCUUGGAGCAAUACUUAGACAAGUAUGGGAUGCUGGACCGAGAAGCAGGGACUACGCUCCGGGAAUACGAAUCAUUCGAAGACUGGACGCUGAGACUCGGCGACAAACUGCUUUUGUGCUGCCCGGAGGACGGAGCUGCUUUUGCCGCUCAGCGUCCGCGGGCCGUGGCUGCCGAAGGCAAGAGCCUUCAUCAAUCCCACGAGGUACAGGCGGCUGCGCUCAACGAACUCCGAGAGCGCUUGACGUCGCCGGAGCCCGGGACUGCCCACGCAGCGCCGGCAUUGGAGGUGCGCGCGGGCAACAAGCUAAUGGACCAAUUUCAUCCAGCCUUUUGGUACAAGGAUAUCAACGGGGAUGAGAAGGCCAUCAACGGCGACUUCAGCAAAUUGCGCCACGUGCCUACCUUGAAACCUGCUGCCGCCAAAGUCCUUACCAACACAGAAGCGCGCACGCGGAACGUGCCGGGCACACAUGAAGUGCGCAAGACCAUGCGGCAUCAAACGCACAGCUAUCGGGUCGCCUACGGUUUGGCGUGCUUCUUCACAUUUUCACCCUCCGAGCGAGACACCACGCUGAUGCUGCGGCUUGCCCGCGCUCGCCAAAGCGACCCUGCCCUGGCCAACGACCAAUCCAAGGCCUUCUAUCAACGCAGCCAGCCGGCGUUAGAUGUGGAUUUCAUUCAGCUGUCGCCAGAAGCUUUGGCAGAGGUUGGCUACCAGUGCGACUACCAAAACAAGCGCCUCAAAGUCGCAACUCGCGAAACCAAAGAGUGGAUGAAAGCUCAGAGAGAUCUCGCUGUCGAUUUGGAAGGCAAACCGAUUGGCUAUUUGUGCGCGCGGGUGAGCAAGCGAAUGUCUACGGACUUGUUUGCGAGAGGCGUUUCCAGAGGGGCUGUGGAGCGUUUCAACUUGGUUCACAACGCCGAAACCAAGGACGCAACGCGCGCAGAAAGCGUCAAAAGCGCUCCCUCUACCGAAAUGUCCUUGGCCUACCCGCUGCGGUUACUGCAAUCAGUGGCAGCUGCAGAGCCAUGGCCAGCAGAGCCUGCGCGCGCCAUCGCUGAGCGCCGAGUCCAUGGUUUGUCCGCGUAUGAGUUUGCGCGCGAAUUUGACUUCGAGCUCGCGCAGCACCCGAUUACGGAAGCUGGCCACGAUGCCCACCUUCGAGACCCCGACAAAUUUCACGCAGCAUUGACAGACGCAGGCCUGCAAGUGGCAGUAAAGCGCCAGCGAUUGGUGCCAGGCAUUCACUAUCAAAUCCGCGAGGAGGGCGGGCCUGGAUGGCUCCCGCUUGGUCACGGAGAACAAGCGCAAGCCCAUCGCCAUGACUGGAUUGUCGUCCCACGAAAGCGACCUUACGUCCCUACAGUCUACGGGGCACAAGGCAGCAAGACCGAAGAUGAAAAGGCCAUGCGCAUCUUGGUUUUAUUCUUCCCGUGGGUGAACGAUGCCCGCGACGCUUCACCAGAAGAAGUGAAGCGCUUCGUGCUCAACUUUUGCUUCGCCUAUUGCUUGCCUCGUGAGCAGCGGUUGAUUGACGGCCUGGCACAGGACAGUGACAACGAAGGCAUGGAGGACGAGCUUGUCCUAGCGCUCGACGAAGACGACUUGUUGGAAGCCACCCGCACGCACAUCAAAGGCAGCAAGCCAGUCGACGGCAGCGAUCACAGAACUGACGUGGAGGAGAAAACCAACACGACGAAGCUGCAUGACAUGACCCGUGAAAUGUUUGAAAUUUCAUCUGCCAUUUGGCAAUGCCCGGCGUCGGCCCCGCAGAACGAUAGAGCUGAGACCCCACCGCGCUUGCAGUCGCACACGGCCCCUGAAGAAGCCAUCCAAGACCAUGCUCUGGCAAAGAAAUCCGCCGAGUAUUCACGCAGAAAAGAAAAGCAGAACCAAAAGCCUGAAGGAUUGUUGGGGGUGCCUGCAAACGCGCCGGGCGCGCGUGAAGGGCCGGAAGUGACCACGGAUUUGCUGCGAGAUUGGCUUCAUAGCAGUCACGUGCAAGGAAGCACUAAUGCAGAACAACAUCACUUCUUGAGCCUGGUUGUGGACAGGACCUUGGUGGAGUAUGGUUUGCUGGCGCUCACCGACACCCAACUGGGCACCGAGGCGCCCAUGUGCCACCUUUUGCAUGGCCCGCCGGGGUCUGGUAAGUCCCACUGCCUGGUGUUCUUGCGGGAGCUGUUUGAGCUUCUUGGCUUCAAGCAAGGCAUUGACUAUGAGGUUGUUGCUUACCAGGCCGUCAAUGCUUCUGCACUGUGCGGCGACACCAUCCAUAUGAGCUGCGGCUUCAAGUCUGUUGUGGACGCGAGCGCCGCAGUGGCGGAAGCCACGGCAAAGCGCAUAGCCUACUGGCGAUGGCUCUUCAUCGAUGAAAUCAGCAUGGUCAGCGCCAGGCUCUUAGCGCAACUCGACCACCGAAUCUGUUCUGUCAAGCCGGACGGAGACGCCUUUAAGCUCGACAGCACUGGACGAGCCAGGCGUGGACCGUUGGGCUUCUAG